GUUACGGUUGUAAGUAGUGACACAUGCGGCGUUUUUCGGUAACUUUAUUAAAAACACGGUUCAUAACCUUAAAAAGACAGCAGAACGUCCAUAACCUAAGUUAUGACGGACGAAAAAGUCGGUAGCCUCGAAGAAGAGGCUUUAAAACGCAAGGAAAGAUUAGCAGCUCUUAAAAAAAAGAACGAAGAAAGCAAAGAAAAUCCAGCUGAUGGAUCUGAUAAAUUACCUAAGCCUAAGUUUCGGAGCUAUAAACCUCAGGACGAAAGUCUUCAGGCUCAAGUUCUCGAGGAUGCCAAACCUGGAGACGUCAUAGCCGAGGUACAAGAUCAAUUGAGUGCGGCAACAAGUAAAGUGGUUGUGGAAGAUUUGGAUAUAAGUAAUCUAGCACCACGAAAACCAGAUUGGGACUUGAAGAGAGAUGUAGCUAGUAAACUGGAGAAACUGGAGAGGAGAACGCAAAAAGCAAUAGCUGAGCUUAUAAUGGAGCGUUUGAAACAAGGUCAAAAUGAUCUGGCCAGUGUGGUUAACAUGGUAUCUGAUAAAUGAAUACUUUCAGUGAGCCGAGCGGGAAGACGGUAUUUUGCUAAGUACAAAUCAAUUUUUAAUAUUCAUUGUACAAAGAAAUAAAUCAUAUUAACUUUUUUACUAUAA